CCGCUGUCCUGGCCCAGGCAGCCCAGCCCUCACCAUGUUACUUGGCCCCCUGUGCAGGUGCCGAGGUCCGGGCAGGACGGGAGGGGAGUGGAUCCCAGCACAGUGCUAGCAGGCUAUGGGAACGAGGCGGCAAAGCGGGGCUGCUUCCAGGACGCAGUGUUCUUCUUCACUGAGGCUGUCAAGCUCAACCCUCGGGAGCACAGGCUCUUCGGGAACCGCUCGUACUGCUAUGAGAGGAUGCAGCAGUAUGACAAGGCCCUGCGUGACGCCCACGUGGCCUUGAGCCUCCUACCAGGCUGGCCCAAAGGCUUUUUCCGCAAGGGCAAGGCCCUCAUGGGGCUGAAGCGCUACGCUGAGGCCAAAAGCACCUUCUUGGAGCUGCUGCAGCUGGACAGCUCCCAUGCCGACGCAGCUGCCCAGCUGGAAGUCUGCCGGGUGCAGCUCAUCCUGGAGAAUGGCUUCAGCAGCUUUAGCGGUGAGAGGAGCCUGCUGGUGGAGCCGUCGCUGGGAGCCACAGAGUCCCAGCCGGCAGGGCCUGGUGAGCAGGCCAGGAGCUGGUCCCUGGGCAGCAGUGGUUACGCCGAGGGGGACGAGGAUGGGGAGAGCGGGUUUGUGACCAUCACUAACUCGCGGAGCCGAGGGAAAGGCCCAGCCCAGCAGGGGUUCCGGGCCAGCAGCAGGGAGACCCCAGCUCGCACCAGACACCCUGUAGCCCCUGUGCAUCAGGCCAGGGAGUGGUACGCUGUGUGGGUCGGGAACGUCACCCCCAGGAUCACCCAGAAGUUGCUGCGCAGCUAUUUUGAGGCGUUCGGGCCCAUCCACUCGGUGCGGAUGCUCCCGGAGAAGUACUGCGCCUUCAUCAACUACACCAAGAAGGAGGCAGCGGAGGUGGCCUACACAGCCCUGCAGGGGGCUGAAGUGGAAGGAACCAAGUUUGUGCUGCAGCUGAAGCACCCUGACCAUGCCACUCCGGCCCCUGGUAGGGCUGGCCCUGGCAACGCCCUGCGGCCUGUGGGGAGGGAGCCGGUGCGAGUGCCCCCCACCCUGGAGUGCCAUUUCUGGCGGAACGCCGGCUGCAGCUACGGGGCCGACUGCCGUUUCCGCCACCUGCCCCAGAGCAAGGGGCUGGACAAGAAGCUGGCUCAGCACUAGGGCCCUGCCCUGGCCCUGUCAUUGCAGGGGUCUGGAGGCCAGAUGUCCCCAGGCUGACAGCUGGCUCCUGCCUGGCCAUGCUGCCUCGUGGGCACAGAGUGACUGGAUGGUCACCGUGCUGGGCCUUCCCGGGGCCCCUCCAGCUGCUGCCUGUUGCCUACCUGUGGCCCAGCGCCAGCCAGUGGGCAUCACCCCCCCGGGGUAGGACUGGACUCGCUCCUAUGUGGAUGGGGUCCCUGGAUGGCUGUGCUGUGGGUUCCCCUUCCUUAGGAAGGAGCCAUGCAAGCUGGGUGGGGCAGCCGUCCCAGGAGCUGCCUUGGGGUUGGUUGGCCUGGAGGGAAUUGCUAGGCCUCUACUGGCGGGGGGGCUGGAAUUCAGGGCCCUGCCCAUGGCCCAGUGUGGGCACUGUGCCCCACACCUAUGGGGGCACUGUGCCCCACACCUAUGGGGGCACUGUGCCCCACACCUAUGGGGGCACUGUGCCCCACACCUAUGGGGGCACUGGAGCUGGCUGCCAACCCUUUUGCCUUAUUAUGGAGGGAGGUCUAUGGGGACUACAACUCCCAGCAUGCUGUGGAACCAUGCUGUUGGGAUGAAGGGCAUCGUGGCAUGAUGGGAGUUGUAGUCUCCACCCCCAGGCUGCUCUUCCAUGGCUAUUUCAUACCAAAAAUUGUCCCGGGGCAGGUUCCUCCGUCAGCCAUGCUUUCUCCUUCCUGCCUUCUGAUUGGCUGAGCCCUGGGUCUGUUACACUGACUCUGCCCUGCUAGGGCCUGUCUGUGUGGCGAUGGUUUGCUCCCUCUGAAGCACUGGGCACUGACCCCUGCUGGCAGACAGGACACUGGGCUAGAUGGACCAUUGGCCUGACCCAGUCUGGCCGUUCUUCUGUAGCUCUUUGUGUGGGGGCUGGCUGGGUGGGGAGCAUGGCCCAGGGUCAGGGUUGGGCUGUGGCCCCAGUCUAUAGAGCUGCCCCCGGUUCCACUUGGGCUUUUAACAUUGUCCCUUUGUUUUUGAAACAUCUCUCUGCCCUUGGGGCUAACCUAUGCCACCCCAUACAGAGCCCCACAGGCCUGGGCCAGCCCCUUGCUCCCCUGCCAUGUGGCGCUCUCGGCACCAGGCAGGCUGGUCCCAGGUCCUCUUUUGUUCAUGUGCAGCGAUACCCCUGGGGCUCUCUGCCCUAGUGCCGGCUCCAUUCUUUGGCUCUGGCCCAGUUUGGCUGCUUUCUGCCUCACCUGUCUCCUACAGCCCUGAGUGCAAAGCCAGCUGGGUACCAGGGAGCUGCCUUGCCCUGCUGACCACAGAGACCAGCUGGCUGCUCUGGGCAGGUGCCGGGCUGUGGGUGGCUGAGGGGCCAGGAUCUGCCUGGGGGCGACGAUGUAAAUUGACCUGUUACGGCCCUGAGAGCGCCCAGCCUGUGCGUUCAGUGGGUGGGCCUUGCUCCCGGGCUGUGAGGCGGGGAGCUGCUGCCCUGCCACAGGCUCUUCCCCCGGGCAGCCCCGGAUUUGCAGUGUGUGCGGCGCCCAAUGGGAAUUUGUUCAGGGAUUUGUACCUGCAUGGGGAUUUACAGAUUGUUCUUAAUAAAACUCAUUAAAGAA